AAUCAAUUAUUUGAACUGGGAGAUCAUAACUUCUUCUUGCUUUGAAAGAAGCUUCCUUCGCAUGAUGGAGCAAUGUUUGCCACACAUUCAUCCAAAGCCCGGAGGAGAAUUUGACAUAAAAUCUGCUAGAAUUGAGCAAACUACAAAAACACAAAGUGUGGAUUUUAAAACUUUCGGAAAUGAAGGUGAAGUUUCUCAAACUUUGUCAUCCAUAGGGAGAAAAGAAGAUAGUGAUUUCGAUACAAAAAGAUUUCAUCAGACGAACCCGUUCAGGGAAGACGCUGUGGCUGGUACUGACUUCAAUGGAAAUAUCGAUGACGUAUCAAAGACAUUUGAAAAAAUUGCGGAAAGAUCAGGAAAAGGGAUUAUAGCAGAGAAUAGUGAAAAUGAAGAACUCCAAGCAUCGAAGAAGCUUCAGUCCAAAGUGAUGAGCUUUCCUGAGGAAAAGGGAGAAGCUGAGUGGAGGAACGGUGAAAAAGAUGAAAAGGACGCAAAUGGAAUUACAGUUUCAAUGAGCAGUUCUAAUUUGCACGAUGAAUUGCGAAGGUCUUUAAAAGAUGAAAAAUAUUAUGGCAAUGAUUCGUUGAGAGACCAAGAGGGAAACGAAGUUUCCAAAGGACAUCAGUUGACAAACAGCACUUCAGCCAUUAUGAGAGAAAUGCAAGAAACACAGGACGGUGGGGGCAACAAGCCAGGUUUUAAUAUAAAUGGCUUUGUAAACGGAGAUACAUAUGGCUUAGAUGUCCACAAUUACAAUGUGGUACCAAUAAGUAGCUCAAAACUUUACGAAGAGUUGCGUCGAUCGAUAAAGGAAGGCAACCAUCUUAGACGGAGCAGUCAGCACCACGAGCUACGAAAUAUGGAGUUGCAAGAAGAAGUUAUAGAAAUGUCACGAACGGCGGCGCAUUACGAGGCAAAAUCCGAACGAGGUACCGAGAGAGAAGGUGAGCUGAGAGUCAAGUUGACUGCGGCCAUCAAACAAGCUACAGAGAGUCAGAAAGAAACAGAACAGUAUAAGAAAAAGGUCUCACAGCUGGAAAAUAUGUUUUUGGAGAGCGAGAAAAGGCAACGGAGCAUGGGAAAAAUGCAUGAAGAAAAUAAAGGAAUGAUAGAGAGGCUGAAAUCUGAAAAUGAGAGUUUGCGUAAAAAAAUGAAUGAUAUGGAAAUAAUUGGUAAGGAGCAGGUCGGAAAUGGUCUCAACAAUAAAGAGAAGCAUUGUGAAGAUUUGGAAUUCGAAGAAGAAGGUGAAGUCGAGAAAAACCUUAUGGAACAGCACGACAAGCGGAAUGAAAUAAGACAUGAUCUUAUGCAACAAAUGAAUAUAGAACAGGGAGACCUGGAGUAUGAAAACAAAGAGUACAGACAUCUUAUAGAAGCUAUGAAAGAGCAGCUCAAUGAGACAAAAGCAAUCAACCAAAGGUAUGCUGAACAAGUCAAACAUUACACAUUAACGGUUGGAAAUUUGAGACAAGAAAGGAACAAGCUUAAAGAUGAGAUUGAGACCAUGAAAGCACGAGAGAGAGGCAAAAAGGAAAGAGCUUUUCUGUAUCUGCAGCAGUACAGGGAAUCACAGGUUCAGAUGGCCUCUAUCCAAAGUGAGUUGAAGAAGCAACGUGCUGAUAACGAUGAGAUGCGAAUACAGUGCAAGUGGCUAAGAUUAGAGGUGGAAAAGCUGCAAAACAUAAUAAAGAUGAGAUAUGAGGUGAGUGAAGAGCGCAGAGGGAAGGAAAAUGCCAAAUCAUAUACAGUACAGGAGGCAAAGGGCCUACAUCAACAGAAGUUUAAGGAAAUGAAGGACAAAGAGGUUAUUGAGAGCGCAACAAGUCUGGUUGAGGAGCGCAUGAAGAAGGCGAAAAAUAUGACGAAAUCUCACGAGAGUGCGCAGAAAGAAGGUUCUGAAUGCAACCAUAACCCAGGUGACAAAGCAGUAACACAAGGGACUGAGGAGAAAUCCGCUAAUCGCAAAGUUGAUCAGGGUUUGCUCCAAGAUCAACAUGAAAAGCUUUCCAUUGAGAUGGCUUUAACCAGAAAUAUCGUGAAGAAACUGCAGAGUGAUAAUGGUGAAUUGCGCCAGCAAGUUGCAUUGCUAAAGGCUGACAUGGCAUUGGGCGUAUCAGGAAUACAAAGUGACGGCGGCGGUGUUAUCCCUGGAAAAUACAGACGAGGCAAUUUUGAAGUUGUCUCAGCGCCUUUUGGAGCAAUGAAUAAAAAACGAACACAGAGCAUGACAGCAUUCAGCAGAGUCAAAGGUUUCGCACCAUAUGACAAGGCUCAAAGUUUAAUUGAUCUGACGAAAGUUUCCAUUGACGAAGUAGAAGAGCGCCGUGCAUCCUUGAAGAAACACAGCUCCGAUGGUGAAAACAUAUCACAGUAUGCGGAUAAGAGAGACAAAAGUCCGAUGCUUUCGGGCCAAGAAAAAUCUUCACGAGCGACCAACCCUUUAACAGGCGAAUCGAGAGGGCAAACAAGUGGAAAAUUAAUGAUGCGACCUUUAGUCAGGUCUGCUAGAAUGGUCAAGAAGUCAGAUGAACAUGCUCCGAAUACAAACAAUGCAAGCAAAGAUACAAAGCGAUCUCUGGAAGAACGUCCUUCCCAUCCUCCAUUGCGUUCGACUAUCAGCUUUCCACAUACCGAUGAGGUCACUUACUUUGGAAAUUUUAAGAAAUCCGAAAGCAUACCCUCUGAUCUCCACGCUUUUCAAGUGCCUGGUGCGUUGAGAGUUUCACCAGCAGCACAGUCUUUUAACAGCUUCUUGUUUUCGUGGGAUGAAGACGCGCGGUCUGAAGAUGAGGAACUGAAAGCACUCCAGGAAUCAUCGAAUAGAAAAGUGGUGAGCAGGAAGACUGGUAAUGAAUUAAGCUCAGAUGAUGAUAUGCGUUCCUAUCAAGUGAGAUAUGCAAAAUGAGAGGAAGAAGAUAACAGAGCUGUCUUCGAACCCAAUUCAUAAUAGAUAUAUCCCCGCCUUUUGAAUAGCUGUCUGCAUUUUCUGAAGAAUAAACGAGGUGGGAAUCAGAGAAAUAUGGUUUGCUGAUGUUUGGUAUCACGAGAAUUAGGAGAGCAUGUCUACGGAACCUUUCAAUACUUCAUAGAUUAUAUAGUUAGCUUUGUUUACCAACCACGCGGUUUUACAAAGGAUAAAUGGGUUUUGAUAUAUUAUUUGCACUGUAUAUUUGUUGCUCGUAACUUUCAGUACAUGUAUAUCUGAACUAUUUUUAUAGUCGAUAAUACGGGUAAAAGUAUAUGAAAUUGAAUUCUUUUUAACCGUUACUACCUGAACAUCCGUGCCCAAUCCUAACCCUAAUUUCCAUACUUGUACCAGAGAGGUUUCCCCGUUGCAUUGCACGGAAAUCGCUCAGACAGAGGCUCUGGAUUCAUCAAACACAAUAAAAACAAUUCUUUAAGAGAAUCACACGGGAAAUUAAUUUUUGCAAUAACUUCAAUAUCAUCGAUAAAUAUACACUUCUGCCAAAAAGCAAACAAGCCAAAUGCAUUGAUCAAAAUGUUUUUAUCAACCGGAGUACCCCCUAGAAACGACCAAAAAGUAACACUGCAUUAAAACUUAGUUAUUCUACAAAUUCAAGACAAUCUUAGGGACGCGAAG